AUGGGAGCCCGCGACCCGGAAGUGGUUGUGAGAGUAGGUGGGCUCAGCAAGAGAGCUCCCCGGGCUUGUGAAUCAUGCCGCUCGAGAAAAGUCCGCUGUGAUGUUACCAGGACUAAAACUCCAUGUACAAACUGCAGGCUUGACGGCAAGAAUUGUGUAGUACCCGCGAGCAAGAGACGACACAUCGGAGACCGGGUCCUUGGACCAUCCUUCUUCGAGGGCAAGCAGCAUGGCCCCCGAAGCCCAAUUUGCGAUGCAAUCAUUGAUUUUGGAGAUAUAGACAGUCUCUUGUCAGAGAGGAAGGAGUCUGCUGCUGCUGCUAAGUGCAGUAGUGGAGAUGGUUCAUUUGAUAUCUUCGAUCUCUCGAGCAACUUCUUCGCCACAUCUGAGACAGUUGACACUUCCAACCCUCUCGAAGAGGACAUUGCAAUGGGUGGCGGACAAGAUUUUCAGCCAGAUUUCCUUGCAUCUUAUCCAUCACCUACUCAAACCGUUUUAGGUGAUCAUCGCCUCCAGUCAUCGCUCCCAAAAUAUAUCACGCCUCUACCGAAGACCCUAUCAACAGAAGACCUUCUCCACCUCCAAAGAAAGGGUGCUUUCGACAUUCCAGACUCAGCAACGCGUGAUUUGCUGUUGACAACUUAUGCAAAAUGGGUAUAUCCCUUUGCACCGAUGCUAGACCUCGAGGAAAUUCUGUCAGCAGUGUCGAGCAACGGCAACACCGGAACAACAAGCCUCCUCCUUUUUCAAGCAAUGAUGUUUGCUGCAACAGCGUACAUCAACGCGGACAACCACCGUGGAAGGCAUAAAAAGACAAGAUGCGUGUUCUACGAACGUGCAAGGCUUCUCCACGAUUUUGACGUGGAAACGGACAGACUCGCGAUCUGUCAGGCCGCCAUCCUGUUAAGUUUAUGGGACGGGGACCCCGAAGGCGUCAGGGACAGCUAUUAUUGGGUCGGAAUCGCAACACUGCAUGCGACCAGUAUUGGACUAAACUUUGAUCCCACCAGCAGCCUCUCAGAUCGGAAACAGCGGCGGACAUUCAAGAUGACAUGGUGGACGCUUGUCAUGAGAGACCGCUUGCUUGCCGUGGCCUUGCGGAGGCCAGUGCAAAAUAAAGUCUUUCGGUUCGAUGUCCCUAUGUUGCAUCUUGACGACUUUAGGUUGGAACCUCUUUUGAAGACCCUUCAAAACAGCCUGCAGAUGUAUGACAUCGGGUUGGCAGAGUUGGAAACACUCGCCUGUUCUUGCAUGGCGCUGGCCCAGCUUUCCGAGUAUAUUGACAAAGUCUUGACUGUGCAAUACACCGUCCAAAGAACACCUCGUGAUGCGGGACAGAGUCCAAUAGUUGUAUCGCUAGUCCCAAAAAUCAAAGGUUCCAGGUUUUCGGAGAUCACGAUGUGCGGUCAAGAGCUGCAAAAUUGGUACGGUUACUUACCAACAGAAGUGCAGCAGCUCGAGCUUCAACAUCAUGACAUCGAACAUCGGCACGAGAAUGAAAUUGUGAGGGUACACAGGGCUCUCUUGGCAGGUUAUUACUCGAUGACAUUGAUGACUUUGUACCGGCCUCUGCUCAAUUUGCCGUCAUCAAACGCAAACGAGACCAAGCUCCGAAAUUUAUCUAUGAAGAUGGUUUCGCAAGCAGCAAAAAGUAUUACAAGCAUAUUCAGCGAUCUGUAUGCCUACCAUCUGAUCUCAUGGCUGCCAGAUACGGCGAUAGCAGUGUUGGAGCCAGCAGUUGCAACGCAUCUGCUCUAUAGCAUGUCAGAGCAGGCCGCAGUGCGAGAGACGGGUUUCCAAAAGUUUUACAUUUGUUGGCGAAUUCUGCAGCAGUUAGGCGAGGUGUACUAUCUAGCAGAGACCACCAUGUCCAUGCUAAACGCCGCCGCACAGAGGCUAAAGUCGCGUCCAGACCUGCAGGCGACAAAGCUCGCUGCGUGUUCACAACUGAUUAACGCAAUCUGCCCGGCUGGCAACGACAAUGCAGCAACCCAUGUGGCCGUCCCAUUUGUCGGAGUGGUUGGAGACCAGAAGAAGGAUCGAUCUGAUGUGACAGUGGAUUGGGUCGAUUCGAGGAAAAUCAGGCAAGAGCCCAGAAAUCAAACGCAGGCGUUGGACAACUAUGACCACAACUUUGACCUGGAAGCGAACUGUGCCUUGGACCCGAGCACCUUUGACCAACUCGUAUGUUGGGACGCAGCCGAAGAGGAACUCCAGGCUUAA